CCCAGAGUUGCAUGGACCGACAGAGAGUAUUGGGAAGUGCUAAGAAUUUGAAAUCAUUUAUAAAAAAUACCAUGAUGAAGUCAAUCUUCGUAUUGUCAGUGCUCUUCUAUGUGACAUUAUGUUACGGCACGCCGAUUCAUCGUCAUCGACGUUCGAGCGAGGAAGCAAUUCAACGCGGAGUACUUGAUCCGUUGUGCGUGAGACGAUCGGAAGAUAAAAUUAUUCCGGAGGUUUCAUUGGAAGCAGAAGCUGGAAGUAACGCCGAGGCACAAGCAAGUUCUGCAGUCGAAGAAGCAGCGUCGGGAGCGGAAAGUAUUGCUAGCGCGGCAAGUGGCGCAGACAGCAAUGGAAUUGGCGGCGGAAUAAGCCAAGCUGAGAGCAGUGCCGAUAGUUACGCGCAGAACGGUGGAGGAUACGGCGGAGAUAAUCGGAACGGAAGUGGAGCCCAAAGUGGAGCAUCUAGCAGAGGUGAUUCGGGUGGCUCUGGCGUAGGUUCGCAAUCACAGUCCCAAUCUGACAGUUACAACCGCGGCGGUGGUUCGUUCAGUUCAGCCAGUGCCUCGUCCUCUUCUUAUUCUAGACAAAAUCAAUAAUAUUCACCAUAAAGAAUUUAUGAAACUGCAAUGGAAUUAUUUAGCUGGAAAUUAUUGUUCAUUUUUUUUGGGAGAAUUAUAUUUCUAGAAUUAGUAACGUGUUGCGAGUAUAUGCAAUUCACUGAUGAUUCUUAUGCAAAAAAAAAUACAAAAAAAGACAUAUAGGUCAGUUUCUUGUGUCAGAAAUGUUAAUAAAUUAUAAGAUCGAUUAUUAACACGUGUACAAAAUUGUUUUCAGUAAUAUGCAAUUCAUGUUAUCUUUACUUAUUUCCGAUUGCUUAUCGAACUAAAUUGCUUUUGUUUAUUCUUGUUAGUUCGUGUAACUCCACGUGACGGAAAUAUUGUCAGAGACGGUAACUCCAGCUUCUAGAAAAAUCUGCACGGGGAAAAUGUAUAAUUAAUAAAUGGUAUUUUGAAUAAUAAAUUUUUAUAUGCUUUAUCAA